CGACUUCCGUUUCCGGGCGGGCGGGCAGGCGGGCGGCGCGGGGCUGCCGGGGAGGGGGAGGGGGCGGCACUUCCGGUCGGGCCCUCGGGUCUCCCCGGAGCGGCGGCGCCUCCUCCGCCUCCUCGGCCUCCUCCCGGCGGAGACCCCUGCGCCGGGUCUCCCGUCGCCCACCCCGCCCGAGAUGGAGGCAAACGCAGCAGGCAGUGCGGCCGGGGGUGGCGGGGGCAGCGGCAUAGGGGGCGAGGACGGGGUUCACUUCCAGAGCUACCCCUUCGACUUUCUGGAGUUCCUCAACCACCAGCGCUUUGAGCCCAUGGAACUCUAUGGGGAGCACGCCAAGGCGGUGGCCGCGCUGCCCUGCGCCCCCGGGCCGCCGCCCCAGCCCCCACCCCAGCCUCCUCCGCCCCAGUACGACUACCCGCCCCAGUCUACCUUCAAACCCAAGGCGGAGGCGCCGUCCUCGUCGUCGUCCUCGUCGUCGUCCUCGUCGUCGUCCUCUUCAUCCUCUUCCUCCCAGGCCAAGAAGCCCGACCCGCCCCUGCCGCCCGCCUUCGGCCCCCCCCCACCCCCCCUAUUUGAUGCUGCCUUCCCCGCCCCGCAGUGGGGCAUCGUCGACCUCUCUGGACACCAGCACCUUUUUGGGAACCUGAAACGCGGAGGGCCCGCAUCCGGGCCGGGGGUGACGCCGGCGCUGGCGUCCCCCACUGGGACCCCGGGGCCGCUUCCCGCCCCCUCCCAGACCCCGCCCGGACCUGCCGCGGGGGCGGCCUGCGACCCCAGCAAGGACGACAAGGGCUACUUCCGCAGGCUGAAGUACCUGAUGGAGCGGCGCUUCCCCUGCGGCGUGUGCCAGAAGUCCUUCAAGCAGUCCUCGCACCUGGUCCAGCACAUGCUGGUGCACUCGGGGGAGCGGCCGUACGAGUGCGGCGUCUGCGGCCGCACCUACAACCACGUGUCCAGCCUCAUCCGCCACCGCCGCUGCCACAAGGACGUGCCGCCCGCCGCCGGGGGCCCGCCUCAGCCGGGGGCGCCGCUCCCGCCGCUGGGCCUGCCCGCGCCCGCGGCCGGCGCGCCCCCCACCGCUGCCCCCACCCCCGUGUCCUCCGGCCCCCCCGCCCCGCCCUCCGCUGCCGCCGGCGCUGCCACCGUGGCCGCCACCGUCGCGGAAGGCAGCGGUGCCCCCGCCGGGGUGGGCGUCCCCCCUCCCGCGGCGGGGGGCGGCGAGGGCCCGUUUGCCUGCCCGCUCUGCUGGAAGGUCUUCAAGAAGCCCAGCCACCUCCACCAGCACCAGAUCAUCCACACCGGCGAGAAGCCCUUCUCCUGCUCGGUGUGCAGCAAGAGCUUCAACCGCAGGGAGAGCCUCAAGCGGCACGUGAAGACUCAUUCGGCGGACCUCCUGCGCCUGCCGUGCGGCGUCUGCGGGAAGGCCUUCCGCGACGCCGCCUACCUGCUCAAGCACCAGGCGGCGCACGCGGGCGCAGGCGCGGCGGGGCCUCGGCCUGUGUACCCCUGCGACCUGUGUGGCAAGUCCUACUCCGCACCCCAGAGCCUGCUCCGGCACAAGGCCGCGCACGCCCCACCCGCCGCCCCCGACGCGCCCAAGGACGUAGGGGCCUCCGUCCCGCAGCCCCCGCCCGCCUUCCCUGCGGGCCCCUACCUCCUGCCCCCUGACCCUCCGGCCACAGAUAGCGAGAAGGCCGCGGCAGCCGCGGCGGCAGUGGUCUACGGCGCCGUGCCCGUCCCGCUGCUGGGGGCCCACCCGCUGCUGCUUGGCGGGGCCGGGACCAGCGGGGCCGGGGGCUCCAGCGCCAACGUCCCUGGAAAGACGUUCUGCUGUGGCAUCUGCGGGCGGGGCUUCGGGCGGCGCGAGACUCUGAAGCGCCACGAGCGCAUCCACACCGGCGAGAAGCCCCACCAGUGUCCCGUGUGCGGGAAGCGCUUCCGGGAGUCCUUCCACCUGAGCAAGCACCACGUGGUGCACACCCGCGAGCGGCCCUACAAGUGUGAGCUCUGCGGCAAAGUCUUCGGCUACCCACAGAGCCUCACCCGCCACCGUCAGGUGCACCGGCUCCAGCUGCCCUGCGCCCUGGCCGGGGCUGCCGGCCUCCCGGCCACCCAGGGCGCGCCAGGGGCCUGCGGGCCGGGCGCCUCGGCCACUUCUGCGGGGGCCGCGGAUGCACUGAGCUACGCCUGCUCGGACUGCGGCGAGCACUUCCCCGAUCUCUUCCACGUGAUGAGCCACAAGGAGGCGCACAUGGCGGAGAAGCCCUACGGCUGUGAUGCGUGCGGCAAGACCUUCGGCUUCAUCGAGAAUCUCAUGUGGCACAAGCUAGUCCACCAGGCGGCCCCUGAGCGCCUGCUCCCGCCCGCACCCGGCGGCCCCCAGACCCAGGAUGGCUCCAGCAGCGCCGACGCGGCCGGUGUGCUGGACAACGGGUUGGCGGGAGAGGUGGGGGCGGCUGUGGCAGCGCUGGCAGGGGUGUCCGGGGGUGAUGACGCCAGCGGGACGGCGGUGGCUGGGGGCGGUGGGGGUGCCAGUUCAGGUCCUGAGCGUUUCAGCUGUGCCACGUGUGGCCAGAGCUUCAAGCAUUUCCUGGGCCUGGUGACUCACAAGUACGUGCACCUGGUGCGGCGGACCCUAGGCUGUGGCCUCUGUGGCCAGAGCUUCGCUGGGGCCUACGACCUGCUCCUGCACCGCCGCAGCCACCGGCAGAAGCGGGGCUUCCGCUGCCCAGUGUGCGGCAAGCGCUUCUGGGAGGCAGCCCUGCUGAUGCGCCACCAGCGCUGCCACACCGAGCAGCGGCCCUACCGGUGCGGUGUGUGCGGUCGAGGCUUCCUGCGCUCCUGGUACCUGCGGCAGCAUCGCGUGGUGCACACCGGCGAGCGCGCCUUCAAGUGCGGCGUGUGCGCCAAGCGCUUCGCACAGUCCUCCAGCCUGGCGGAGCACCGGCGGCUGCACGCCGUGGCCCGGCCCCAGCGCUGCGGCGCCUGCGGCAAGACCUUCCGCUACCGCUCCAACCUGCUGGAGCACCAGCGGCUGCACCUGGGGGAGCGCGCCUACCGCUGCGAGCACUGCGGGAAGGGCUUCUUCUACCUGAGCUCCGUGCUGCGCCACCAGCGCGCCCACGAGCCGCCGCGGCCCGAGCUCCGCUGCCCGGCCUGCCUCAAGGCCUUCAAGGACCCCGGCUACUUCCGUAAGCACCUGGCGGCGCACCAGGGCGGCCGGCCCUUCCGCUGCUCCUCCUGCGGCGAGGGCUUCGCCAACACCUACGGCCUCAAGAAACACCGCCUGGCUCAUAAAGCCGAGGGUCUCGGGGGUCCUGGGCCGGGGGCGGGCACCUUGGCGGGAAAGGACGCCUGACCGGGAGGGGCGUCCCCUUGCGCACUCACCCGUCCCCAGUUGCUGAUCAGACUCUUACCCCUCCUCGCUGUUGCCCCAGCCAUCCUUCAGGACUCCAGACAGACUAGUCUCCUUUAAGGCCCAUGCCCUACAGACUCAAGACUGGAUCACUCCCAUCCCGGACCUCUCUGGUCCUCGUCUCAUCCUGCCAGCCACUGAACUUGAUCCUCCGUCCAGCCCCGUUUUGUAACUUUCAUCAGCGCCCCCCGCCCACCCCCGCAGCAUUCUGUCCCCCAGUGAGCUUUUGUGGAGGAUGUGGGUCUGAACUGCCCCUCCCCAUUCCUUUGGGAUCUGGCUGGGAAGUGGAGUAUAAGCGGAGUUGGGAGGGCACAAGGGGACUGGGUGCUCUUUUGGAUUGUGGGGUGGGGGCGGGGUGGCAGACGCGGCUUGUACAGAGCGGAGAAUAAUAAAUCUUACCAC